AGAGAUGUUGCUGACAAAACUGGAGAGGACCAAUCUCAUUGUACACACAGUGCGCUCAAUGCUUGUGUGUAUUGGUUUGCGUAGCGGCCGAAAUCGUAUAUAAGGCAUUUGGUCAUGCUUUUGAUGAACAGUCGAAAAUUCAGUGGCGUUUAGUGUGACGAGAGUUAGAUUUUUAAUAUUUGAUCUUUUUUGCUUCAGUUUGAUGAAUUUUGUUCGGUGAAAAGCGAGGCCACAAUUAGUCAAACGUGAAAAAAGUGAUCAUUCGAUGUUGAUCGAACAGAUCAGUAGCUAGAAAAACGUAUUUUCGAGAUAACUUUUUUCCUUGUGCAGUUCGUUAGAAAUAUCCAAAUAUGUAUAGAAUAUUCAUAACUUGUGUGCUUGCCAUUCAGGUUCAAAGUAAGCCAUUUGGUGCGUUAUUGUUCGCAAGAAAUGGACCACUUUAUUCAAAUCCACAGCCGGUAUUCCCGACCGGUAUUAUUGGAACGAUGCGCUUACAUGAAAGCAUUGUUAAUCCGUUUAGUCAGCAUUUGCACGCGGCAUUUCGUAACGCCUUUCCAGCACUGACCACUCAACAAGUGUUCAGGCCAUUUGAGACACAGCCACCGCCAACAGGUUCACCGUUCCAACCAUUUGGCAUCGGUGCGCCAGCUCCAUUCCCAACCUAUGGAAAUCCACCACCACCUCAAAUCCUAUUCGAACCAUCGAACAUAGCACCUCCAACAAACGAACCAGUCAAUUUUUAUGGCCAGCCAAACUAUCAACCGGCCACAAAUCCACCACCAUCGAAUCCGUUCAACCCAACCUCACUGGUACCAUCAGAUAAAGGGCAUAAAGUUUAUGGACCGCCGGAAUAUCAGCCAUCAUGGAAUUCAAAUUAUGAACCGCAAACAUAUUCAAAUUAUCCACCACCAUCGAACGUAUUCAACCCAACGAAUGAGUCAGACAAUGGGCAUAAUGUUUAUGGACCACCAUCAGCAUAUCAGCCAUCAUCGAAUUCGAUCUUUCCACCAAGAGGACCACAGAUUCCUUCAAUAAUUGGAACUGCACCACCUAGCUAUGCAACACAGCCGCAGUUAUAUGAAACACAACCUCCAGUUUAUGGAACGCCAGCUCCUAGUCUUGCAACAAAAUCUCCCGUCUAUGAAACACAACCUCCCGUUUAUGGAACGCCAGCUCCAGUAUAUGGAACGCCAGCACUCAGUUUUGCAACAAAAUCUACCGUCUAUGAAACGCAACCACCCGUUUAUGGAACACCUGCUUCAGUAUAUGGUACUCCGGGGCCAGGUUAUGGCGCCCCAACAACUACUGCCUCAUUCAUUUCGAACACAUUCAUCCCAACGGAUGGACCAUUGAAUCCACCAAACGCUUAUGGGCCACCUACUUAUCCACCAAUCUAUGGCCUACCGCCUCGACUACAGCCGUAUCCAACGAAUGUUGUGCCACUUGUUCCAAACACAAAUAUCUAUUUACCACCAACACCGCCAGCAGGUCCGACGGCGACCGUCUAUCAACAAACGGGCACAACACCAAGCUUAGACUCAACUACGGUGGCGACUCCGAGCACUUCCGACUCGGAAACAGUUGCAAAUGAACUUAGCUCACAAACGGCAUCAACCAGAUUAACACCAACGAUUGGAAUGAGUGCAUUAACAACAACAACAGAAAGUUCAGCAACAAGUGUGUCCACUUCAACUCCACCAUCGAUCGAAUUAUCAUUGCCAUCAUCGACGACCGAAUCUUCGGUAGCCACAACAACAACCGAAUCGCCAACAUUACCGGCAGCUGAAAGCACUGACAAUUCAGACGAUACAAAUGGCACAAGUGACACAGCCGAAACAUUACCAGCAGAGACAGACGAUGAAACGACCACAACAAUCGAUGAAACCAACGAAACUGGCGAAAAUGAAAUUGAAGUGUAAAUUUUGGUUCACCAAAAUGUGCACUUCCAAGUAAACUUAGCCAUAAAAUAAAAAUUAUUGUUUAGGUAUUAGUAUGGAAAGCGAAUAUUUAUGUAAUUUAUCAUAGAAAAAUUAUUGGGAAGAUUUUAUAAGAACCUUAUGCAAACGAAGUGAACGAAUAAAUCUAUUUUCAAACAAUAA